GAGUCUAUUCCGCAGGAGCUGCCUUUCUUAGCUUCAAUUUCAGCAGGUGACACGUGUACGGUACGGGUACUGGGAUUUCUGCAGCUGCAGCGCAGCUAGCUAGCAGCACACAGCUAUUAGAUUGAGCCCCCGCGCCCCCGGCGUACCGGUACGUCCUCACAGGCAGUUAUCUAGAGCACUCGGAGUCGGAGGUGGGCGGAGCGUCUGAUGCAUGCCGCACUAUUCUCUUUACUAGAUCUUGGCCAACCAAUAUUUUACUGACAGAAGUUUGACUGAGUUUAUAAAGUUUGAAUAGUGCUGACUCCAGUCCAUCUACACGGUAACUAAAGUAAACUAUUGCAAGAUGUCUGCUGGAAACUGGCAUGAUUCUGCUAUAGAGGGCGUCCUUCUAGACAUCACCGGUGUACUGUAUGAUAGCACAGAUGAAGGGGGAGUUCCAAUACCUGGUUCAAUCGAUGCAGUUAAAAGAUUAAAGCGCUCAGGUAUCCAGGUCAGGUUCUGCACCAACGAGACCCAGUGCACUCGCCAGCAGCUGGUGGAUAAACUCCAGAGGUUGGGUUUCGAGCUCUCCGUCCCAGAAGUCUUUGCUCCUGCACCUGCAGCCUGCCAGUUGCUGAAGGCAAGAGGUUUAACGCCACACCUGCUCGUCUAUCCAGAUGUUUUACCAGAGUUUGAAGCCUUUGACCUUGGAGCUAAGCCGACCUGUGUGGUUGUAGGUGAUGCUGCCGAUGCCUUCAACUAUGAGACGAUGAACAGCGCCUUCAGGAAACUCCUGGAGAUGGAUCCACCUGUUCUUAUAUCCAUGGGUGCAGGGAAGUAUUAUCGUCAUGGAACAGAGUUAAUGCUAGAUGUAGGUCCAUUCACAAAAGCGUUAGAGUACGCCGUGAGGUGUGAAGCUGUUGUAGUUGGAAAGCCGGACAAGAAUUUCUUUCUUGGAGCACUUCAAGACAUGGGAAUUCAGCCACAAAAUGCCAUUAUGAUAGGAGAUGAUAUUGUCAAUGAUGUUGGAGGCGCUCAGAGGUGUGGACUCCGAGGCCUUCAAGUCAAAACGGGAAAAUUCAGACCGUCUGAUGAACAUCAUUCUGAGGUUAAACCCGAUGGAUUUGUAGACAACCUAGCUCAGGCUGUGGAUCUCUUACUCCAACACCAGAAGAAAUGAGCUGCUGACCUCUGAACAUGCACUUCCUCCAAUCUGCAGAAACAAGCCUGUAUUUGGGUAUGAGGUGUGUACACCAUGGACUAAUUGUCAGUGAAAAUAUUGAGGAUUUAACGGACAAUUUCAUAAACUAAUUGCCAAAUAACAAUUCCUCAUGGCAUGGGUCAUAAUGCGGGAUAUGGACGGUCUAGUUCGUAGAGUUUGUGCUGUUUUUGCAUCACUUUAUUGUACGAAAAGCAAUGAAGAAAUAGUGUAAAAAUAAUGAUACAGGUACACUUUACACAUGGAAUAGGACAUUUUAAACGAAAGCCCAGGGCCCCGUCUUACAAAGAGUUACGAUUGAUCCAAUCAAUCUCAAGUACAUGGAAAUCCAUCAAUGUCAUAAUUUUUCUUUAGGAAAUUUGCUCAAUGUCCUUUGAAAACAAAUAUAAGCAUACCUAAUUGUCAAGAAAACAGUGAAUAUACAUCAUUUCUAGAAAAUAUUUUGAACAAACAUGUAAUUUUAGAUGUUGACAUUGCUGGCUUUCCAUAGUUGUGAUUGAUCAGAUCAAUCGCAACUCUUUGUGAGUCGGGUCCCAGGACAUUGUCAGAUGAAAAUCUUAAGACACAGACCUUUAUUAAAUGCUGGGUAUUGACAGUUAAUUUGUAGACCAUUGGUCUUAUAAAAUUCUGAAGAUGAAGUCUACAGUAUUCUGCAAUAAAAAAAACUUACAAAUUUCACUGAAAACAGGAAGAACACUGAAUUAUACGGAAAAACACAAUUUAACUUGCCAAAUGAAACCAUCAGAUAUGAAUUAUAGUGAAAAAAAUUGGUGUGCUAAGCAUCAUCCAAUGAAUAAAACCAUGUAUUGUGAAUAUGUAAACCAAAAUUAUUUUUGCAAUGGUACAUGUAAACAUGUUUUGGCCGCAUGUGCAUAAGAUAUUAACCUAUUCAGAAUUGUGUUGUCUCAUAUAUUUUGUACACGUAAUCAAUAAAACUGAAUCACAAAAAAAACAUACACACUUCAACUUUUUUUUUAAAUGAAAGAAUAGUUGGCAUUGAACUUUGGUUGCUAAAGUAUGAUAAAAACACACAUCUAUUAGGAUGAUGAAGAGGGAAAAAUAAUCACAAAUAUGCUGCUCUGCAUUCAACAUUUAGAAAAAAAUUGGUUUUGAAUAUUGUGAGACUUUUAGCAAAGUUUGUGGUUCGAUUUUUAACAUAUCUGCAUAUUGUGCUUGUAAAAAUGUAUUUGUAACAAUCAAAUCUUUCAGAUUGUGUGGAAUUUCUACUUUUAUCUUGAAUAAGGUUUAUUGUGAAUUAGAGGGUAUAGCAUUCAGAUAGUAUUUUGGAAAAGUGCAAUUAUCAGUUGGGCAAGUGGAUUUUGGGCAAGUGCUCGAGUGACUAUCAUGUAGAACUCUUUAUAAUAUAUUAUUUUUCUACAUUUGAUUUAUCUCGCUUCAUUGCGUUUUUAAUCCUUGAUUAUUUUCUUCUGGGAACCUAUAUGUCUACAAGCUUUGCUUUUUAAUAGGUUCCUCAUAUUUCACGAUUUUGUAUUUCUUUGUAAAACACUGUACAAAUAUGUAUUUUUUGUCAUCUUCUCAUAAUUAUGUUCAAGAUGUAUGUUUUUGUGGAAUGUGAAACAAUUAAUCAAAUCAAAAAAUCAAAAUCAAAUUUUUCAUACACUACAGUGUUGUAUUACCACAAUAAUUCUUAAACUGAGGUUGUGAAAUCAUUUUUUUAGAAAGCAAAUGAUAUUGAAAUGGUGAGAGUGGCAGAACAAAAUAUCUUUUCGAAGGUAAUUUUGGUGGACAUGUAGCUAUCUUUCCAAAACCAACUGACAAAUAUUUGCUUUAUAUUCCACAUCUGAAAAAAUAAGCAUAAAUUACAGAUAUAACAGGAAGGAUAUUCCCUUUUAAAGUUACAAUUAUGUUUAAAUUAGGUGUCUUAAUUGAGGCGAAGUUAACAAGCACAUAACAGUACUGCUCCUGUUUCUAUCAGGGCGCAUUUGUUUGCUUCUUGCUUCAGGUUCGCAAGUUUAUGAUUUCUAAUUAGAUGCACUUUUGAAGAAGACAAUACAUAAUACAACAUACUUUCACCAAUGAAAGUGCAAAGUGCAACGUACGCACUUUCACCAGUGCUAGUGCACAGUACACACACUUUCACAAAUGAUAGUGCACAGUGCAAUGCACUUUUACCAGUAAUAAUGCACAGGACACAAUUUUUCCUCAUGACCGUACAUGGUGCAACACUUUUUCACCAAUGAUAGUACACGGUGCAACACACUAUUUCCAAUGAUAGUUUACAGUGCACCACACUUAUACCAAUGGUAGUGCACAGUGCAACACACUCUCAUUAAUGAUUGUACAUGGUGCAACACACUUUCAAUAAUGAAAGUGCACACAUUCACCAAUGAUAGUACACAGUGCAACACACUUUCACCAAGGAUAGGGCACAGUGUGACACACUUUCCCCAAGGAUAGUGCAGUGUGACACACUUUCACCAUGACAGUACACAUUUUCACUGUGCAGUACAACAGGGAUUCACCAAUGAUAAAAAACACAGUGCAACACACUUUCUUUGAUGACAGUGCACAGUGCAACACAUUGUCAUUAAUGAUAAUACACAGUACACACUCUUACCAAGGAUAGUGCACAGUUUGACACACUUUCUCCAAUGAUAGUACACUGCGCAACACCCUUUCAUCGGUGAUAGUGCACAGUACACACUCUUUCACUAUGACAAUACAAAUUUUAACCAGUGAUAGUACACAGUGCAACAAACUUUCAUCAAUGUUGGUGUGCAGUGCACCACACUUUUACCAGUGAUAGUGCACAUUGCAACACAUUUUCACCAAUGAUUCUCUGCAGUGCGACACUUUUUCGCCAAUGAUAGUACUUGGUGCAACACACUUUUCCCAAUGAUAGUUUACAGUGCACCACACUUUUACCAGUGAUAGUGCACAGUGCCACACACUUUCACCAAGGAUAGAGCACAGUGUGACACACUUUCCCCAAGGAUAGUGUAGAGUGACACAGUGCAACACUUUUUCGCCGAUGAUAGUACACGGUGAAACACACUUUCCCCAAUGAUAGUUUACAGUGCACCACACUUUUACCAGUGGUAAUACACAGUGCAAUGCACUUUCACCUAUGAUAGUGCACAGUGCAACACCCAUUUACCCAUGUUAGUGCACAUUAUACACUUUUUCACCAUGACAGUACACAUUUCAACACAUUAUCACAGUGCAGUACAACAUGCAUUCACCAAUGAUAUAACACAAUGCAACACUUUCUUUGAUAAUAGUGCACAGUGCAACACAUUGCCAUUGAUGAUAUUACACAGUACUCACUAUUACCAAGGAUAGUGCACAGUGUGACACACUUUCACCAAUGAUAAUACAGAGUGCAACACACGUUCACUAAUGAUAGUACACAGUGCAGCACUCUUAGCAGGGAUUUGUUAAUGAGAGUGCAUCAUGCUUUCAUUUUGUGCAUACUCCAGAUUGUACUAAUAUUCAUUGUUACUGAAUAAAGAAAAACCUGAAUUAGAGACAUCACCUAAAACAAUACAUUUUGAUGGAUUUCAUUGACUGGUACUUCUACGCUUCAUGAUAGUUUUAUGUACAUUUACCACUACUCUGCUAGCAUAGUAUGUGUAUCUGUUUUUAGGGGCCUCAUCAGAAACAGUUUGCUAUUAAAGGGGAAUGAAACCUUUGGAACAAGUAAGCUUGUGUUGAAACAGAUAAAUCAAAAAAUAAGAACAAAUAAAGUUAAAGAAAAAUCGGACAAAUAAUGAGAAAGUGAGAAAUCUGUUUCUUUGAUUUUUCUGUUUUCACACAAGCUAUCUUGUUCCAAAGGUUUCAUUCUCCUUUUAUGAACAAGGAUGUAGUCGAGGCUGGCUUCAAGGCCACAUUUUGCCGGCCAUGGCCUGAUUCACACGUUCAAAGUCAAUGGGGGAAUAUUUUCUCCAGCUGCCUCGUGACUCGGACCUAUCAGUCUUGACUACAUUCCUAUUAAUAAAUGCUCUUAAUGAUAUGGAAACAAGCAGAAUCAAGUUGUAAGAUAUAUUUUGUCUGUUUAAAAGACAUCUUUAAUACAUGUAAUCGAAACAUUUUGCUCUUUGAUUGAAUUCCAAAUUAUUGUGUUUUAAAAUAUUGUGUGCAUAUAUUCUCCUGCUUUCGUAAAUUAUGUUUCCUAUACACAUUGCUCUUGUAUUUGAAAGAAAAUUGUUAUGUACAGUCAGUCGGCAAGCCCUGAAAAAGUAGCUUCUUUUAUCCAAGUGAUAUUCAUGCCUAGACGGUUUUUGCAUUGUUAAUGAGCUUGGUGCGGACCAAAACACCUCUUUUUAUAUAAUUAUUUUCAUGCAACAAAAGUUGUUGUUUUCACACUUAAUUUCUGUUUGAGCACAAAUGAUUUUUAAAUCAUGAUAAAGCUGAAGGUCUAAGCUUUAAUAUGAUAUAUUUUUUAUAAGAAGAUAUAUCUUAGAUGGGUGUCAGCAGCUAGCUUUUUAAAGGCCAAGUACAUUUAGCAGCUCAAAAACAAGAAUACUGCGCUCUGAUUGGUCAUAGAGACCACACACCCACGCAAAUUCCAAUGUUCCCCACACUGGGCCUCUGCAAGGUCACACUCACCAUGUGGUAAUCUCUUCAAAUUACCCGCGCCUGUUGUUUUCAAAUCAGCCAAUCAGAACUCUGGAUUUUAUGUUACUCAGAAAUUUCAGAAAUCUCGUCUUGCAUCUUGAUGGAAAAAGCUGGCUGCUGACCCAUCUAAAAGAUGCCACAUAUCAAGAGUGACAUUGUAAGAAAGUUUGAGCUUUCUGAUGAUAUAAAUAAUGUUUGUGCCUAAAACACAGGAUGUUGCACGAUUUGCAAGUGAAAACAGAGGAAGAAAAUUCUGUUUGAGGCAUCUUUUCAGGUAAAAAACUCACUUAUUUAUCAAAAUAUUUUAUUCAAAAGAAAUAACCAAUAUAAAAGAGUAACAUUUACUCUUUCCCAUGGUACAAAAAUAAUCAAUAUUACUCGAGGAAAAAGUGGUUAAAUUCUUUGAGAAAGAAAGUCUCACAAUUCACGAGAUUUUGCAGGGACAUGAAUUCAGUCACGAGAGGACUUGGAUAAAUCUUGCUCAUUUGCUCAUUAACACGGGGGCUUGCAGACUGACUGUGUAUGAAAAUUUGUAUUUAUUCUGUAAUACCAUAUGAAACUGUAUCAUGCUAUUAAAUGCAUAAAUCAAUUCUAUCACACAAACGAAA